AUGCUGCUGCCCCAGCUCUGCUGGCUGCCGCUGCUCGCCGGGCUGCUCCCGCCGGCGUCCGCGCAGAAGUUCUCCGCGCUCACGUUUCUGAGAGUCGAACAAGACAAAGACAAGGACUGCACCCUCGACUGCACGGGCUCCCCCCAGAAGCCGCUGUGUGCAUCCGACGGACGGACCUUCUUAUCCCGCUGUGAAUUCCAACGUGCCAAGUGCAAGGACUCUCAGCUAGAGGUGGCUUACAAGGGCAACUGCAAAGGCGUGUCCAGGUGUGUGGCCGAGAGGAAGUACACCCAGGAGCAAGCCCGGAAGGAGUUCCAGCAGGUGUUCAUUCCUGAGUGCAAUGACGACGGCACCUAUAGCCAGGUCCAGUGUCACAGCUACACGGGAUACUGCUGGUGUGUCACGCCCAAUGGGAGGCCCAUCAGUGGGACAGCUGUGGCCCACAAGACCCCCAGGUGCCCGGGUUCUGUGAACGACAAGCUGCCCCCGCGGGAAGGCACGGGGAGAGCAGUCUCCUUGCAAAUCUUUUCCGUUCUGAAUUCAGAUGAUGCCGUGGCUCCCGCAAUAGAGACUCAGCCUCAAGGAGAUGAGGAAGAUAUUGCAUCUCGUUAUCCCACCCUUUGGACAGAGCAAGUUAAGAGCCGGCAGAACAAAACCAACAAGCACUCAGUGUCAUCCUGCGACCAGGAGCACCAGUCAGCCCUGGAAGAAGCCAAGCAACCCAAGAAUGACAACGUGGUGAUUCCCGAGUGUGCCCAUGGCGGCCUCUACAAGCCGGUGCAGUGCCACCCAUCCACUGGGUACUGCUGGUGUGUGCUGGUAGACACAGGGCGCCCCAUUCCUGGCACGUCCACCAGGUAUGAGCAGCCAAAAUGUGACAACACCGCCAGGGCGCACCCGGCCAAGACCAGGGACCUGUACAAGGGUCGCCAGCUGCAUGGUUGUCCUGGUCCCAAAAAGCACGAGUUCCUGACGAGUGUCCUGGACGCCCUGUCCACAGACAUGGUGCACGCAGUCUCUGACCCCUCCUCUUCGUCGGGCAGGCUCGCAGAGCCUGACCCCAGCCACACGCUGGAGGAGAGAGUUGUGCACUGGUACUUCAAGCUGCUUGACAAGAAUUCCAGCGGCGACAUCGGCAAGAAGGAGGUGAAGCCCUUCAAGAGGCUCCUCCGGAAGAAAUCCAAGCCCAAAAAGUGUGUGAAGAAGUUUGUGGAGUACUGUGACGCCAACAGCGACACGUCCCUGUCCGUGCAGGAGCUCAUGGGCUGCCUGGGCGUGACCAAGGAGGAGGGCAAGGCCGGCCCCAGGAAGCGACACACCCCCAGAGGCAGCGCUGAAGGCACAUCCAACCGGCAGCCCAGGAAGCAAGGCUGA